GCUACUGCUAAAAUGGUAUUCAAGAAGUAUGGCUCAUACCGAUUAAUUGGACCAAAGAAAAGAAGGGGAGAGAGAAAGAAAUAUUCAAAGAAUAAAGAUAGCAAUAUCACAAGUGAAGAUAUGACACCUAGUAUCAAUUUAUCGGAUGAAUGUGACACCAACGAGUAUGCCACCACCAAAGAAGACACCAAAUAUGACAUCACCAAAGAAGACACCAAAGAUUAUAACACCAAAGAUGACAUCAUCAAAAAUGACAACAUUAAGGAUGAACCUCAAAGCUUUCUAGAAGAUGAACAUAAUUAUUUUACAACAAGUAAUGGUUCCAGCUCUUGGGUGAAAGAUGACCACGCCUAUUGUGCUCCAGAUACUGAAUAUAAAAUUAAAGUGGAAGAUGUGCCAUCGCAGCCAUAUGAUCCAGAAUUCCCUCCAGAGUAUUGGGGAGUGGAAGACUUGCCAUCGCAGCCAUAUGGUUCUGAAUUCCCCCCAGAGUAUUGGGGAGUGGAAGAUGUCUCAUCGCAGCCAGAUGGUUCCGAAUUCCCCCCAGAGUAUUGUAAAGUGGAAGAUGUGUCAUCCCAACCAUAUGUUCCAGCUGAUUUCGCUUCUAAGAAUUGUAAUGCGGAAGACGUGCAAUCGCAGCCAUAUGGACCAGAAUUCCCUACAGAGUAUCGUGAAUUGCGUGAUGCAAUACAACUGGAUGCCUGUCCAGGACAGUUUGAAAUUAUGCGUAAAUCAGCAAUGAUUAAAUUUAUAGAAUGUUAUGAUUUGGAACCAGUAACAGUCAAAAUGUCUGUGGUAGUCACCCCUGAUUAUUUAGUAAAAAUACGAGUUCAUGGUCAGGAGAUUCAAUCAAAUCAUAAUAUUUGGGAACAUAUUCCUCAAUAUACCUCAUCAAAAGAAGCUAUUUUCAAAGUUUUAUUAGAGCUUUCUCAAUUGCAUGUAUGUUGUGGAAAUCCAGAAUCUGAGUUUACUAAACAUAUGUCACGUAGAGAUGGACUGGGUGAAAGCACAGAUAGGGAUAACCAGGAAUACAUUGCAUUUCUUGAAACUGGAUUUCAUACAAACUGCGUCCACUCAAAAACUUGUGAUCUUCUAAUUAGGAAUACAUGUACACCUGGAAGUCGAGCAUUACGAUGUCGCCGAUGCCAACUCUACAGAAACACGUUACGAAAAAGAAAAUGGAGAAAGGAAAACAAAUCUGAUACUCCUUCCAAAUUUACUAGCAAUCAGAAACUCAGCCAUAGUGACCUUGUCAUAAAAGCUUCAAAGCUUCAGAGUGAAAAAACUAUUUUGAAAAGAGAGGUGGAGAUUUUAAGGAGAAAGUUAACUGCUAAAGGAGACACAAAAGCAGAAAAUGUGAACCUUCUGCAGACUUCUGAGCUCCCACAUCCCAUGGACGAUUCUGGGGAUGAAAUAGAUGAAAAAUUAGUUUCUGACUCAUAUAGAAUGCCCAUUGGGGCAAUGAUAGAAUCUAUGCUUGGAGCGAUGUAA